GUGGUUGUUGUAGUUGUAGUAAUUGUUGUUGUAAUUGUUGUAGUUGUAGUAAUUGUUGUUGUGGUUGUUGUAGUAAUUGUUAUAGUAAUUGUUGUAAUUGUUGUUGUAUAAAUUGUUGUUGUAAAUGUUGUUGUAGUUGUUGUGGUUGUUGCGAGCGUCACGACUCUGCGUCAUCAUCAUCAUCAGCGCGUCUCAAGGUUCAGCCGCGCGGGGCCACGAACCGAGACGCGGCGAAACAGACGACGACAAAGUCCCGCGUCUCGUGCCACAUACAAAGUACACACACAUAUCAUAGACAACAACAACAACAACAUCGACAACAACAUCUUGUUGUGUUGACAGCAGCCGAGCGACAUGUCCGACGUUAAAGAUCAGCAGGAGCAGGAGAAGGAUCUGCGCAGCGUGUUGGUGACGAGCGUCCUCACCCUGGAGAAGAUCGACCAGGGCCUUUACAGGGGGUCGCAUCCCUGGGUGCCACGGUCAAACACGCUGUUUGGCGGGCAGAUCGUGGGGCAGGCGCUGGUGGCGGCCGGGCUCACGGUGGCCAAGAGCCUCCACGCGCACUCGCUCCACUGCUACUUCGUGCGUCCAGAGUCCUCUCGCGACAGACACAUCGUGACUCUGCCGAGGAGGAUCCUCGUCAACAUCCGGAGCGACGAGCGUCUGGGAUCAGAGCUCAGUGCGGCGCUGCAGCCUCACUGA